UUCUGUCUCGACUCCAUUUGAGGAAAUGGCUUCAACUCUUCUGACCCUCGCGACACUCUUUCUAGCUUUCUCCGCUUCUUUUCUCCAGAUCGCUGGGGCAGAAGCAGAACAGCUUACUAGUCUUAAGCUCAACUCUCGUAUUCUUCAGGAGUCUAUCGCUAGAGAGAUUAACGAAAACCCAGGGGCGGGAUGGGAGGCUGCUAUAAAUCCUCGUUUCUCUAAUUAUACAGUUGAACAAUUUAAGCGCCUUCUUGGAGUCAAACCAACGCCUAGGAAGGAACUGAGAAGUACACCUGUAAUAACUCAUCCAAAAUCAUUGAAAUUGCCAAAGAAUUUUGAUGCAAGGACAGCUUGGUCCCAGUGUAGCACUAUUGGAAGAAUUCUAGAUCAGGGUCAUUGUGGUUCUUGUUGGGCGUUUGGUGCAGUUGAAUCAUUAUCAGAUCGCUUUUGCAUUCAUUUUGACGUGAAUGUCUCUCUCUCUGUUAAUGAUGUUCUCGCAUGCUGUGGCUUUUUAUGUGGAUCUGGUUGUGAUGGGGGGUAUCCCAUAUAUGCUUGGCGAUACUUAGUCCACCAUGGUGUUGUGACCGAAGAGUGUGACCCUUACUUUGAUCAAAUUGGCUGCUCCCAUCCUGGUUGUGAGCCAGGAUAUCGAACUCCCAAGUGUGUUAAAAAGUGUGUAAGUGGGAACAAGCUCUGGAAAAAGUCAAAGCACUACAGUGUCAAUGCAUAUAGGGUCGAGUCUGAUCCCUAUGAUAUCAUGGCAGAAGUUUAUAAGAAUGGGCCAGUUGAAGUCGGAUUCACUGUUUAUGAGGAUUUUGCUCACUACAAAUCAGGAGUCUACAAACACGUCACAGGUUAUCAACUAGGCGGUCAUGCAGUAAAGUUGAUUGGGUGGGGAACAACUGACGAUGGAGAGGACUAUUGGCUUCUCGCAAAUCAGUGGAAUAGAAGUUGGGGAGAUGAUGGUUACUUCAAGAUCAGAAGAGGAACAAACGAAUGUGGGAUUGAAGAAGAUGUUACUGCUGGUUUGCCUUCCACCAAAAAUUUCGCAAGAGAGAUUGAUAUGGAUGCUGAUGCUGAUGUUUCAUUCUGAAUAUUAAUAUAUCACCUUUCCAAUUAGAUUCUGUAUGGUUAUUGAAAAAUCUGCACCAACUGCUGUCUAUUACUCUGUUAGUCUGUUUCAAGAUCUAAAUUAUGAUUAUGAUGUUGAAAGACAGUGAGCUUUUGUGGGUUAUGGGCUGUUACACGAAAUAAGAGAACAACUUCUGUAAUUACUGAUUAGCACUUGGAGUAAUCAUGUCCUCUAGUUAAUUUUGCUGAGACGAUGCUUAAUUGAUGGCGAGGCUUGAUUUUCAAAUAUUGUUGAAAUGAUUUUC